AGUAAGGAGAAUUUUUUAAGAAAAUAGUUGAAAAAGCAAAAGAAGAAAGGAGAAAUGAAAGAUGAGGGAUGAUGACAACAUCAAUAUGGGAAAACGUUAUAGAAGGAAGGCUCACACACACACUAAAUGAAAACAAAUAAUAGUGAAGCGCUUUUAUGGGGAAGGUAACGGCCACGAGAACUCCUCUGUUCUUCCAAUCAAAACUUCUCUGUAUUUCUGUUUUGUACCUCUUCACCACUCUCUUCCUUGCCUUUUACCGCUCCGUCUCCCCCACCACUUGCCUCUUUCGAUCGUCCCCUUCCGACCCUAUUCAAUCCCCUCUCUUUUAUUACCCUUCUUCCUAUGGAGAACACAAGUAUGCCAUCACCACUCACCGCCAUUCUUGUUCCUCCCCUGUUUUUUUCUCUGAUUAUGGAAUGGUGGUGGGGGAGAUCCAUAAUUUAUGUACGAAUUCUUCAGCAUUUUUGCCGGCUCUGAGGUAUUUACAUGGGAAAGCCGAUUCUUUUGGAGGAAAUUUUGAAACCCAGAAGAGAUUUUCUUACUUUAAUUAUUCCAAUGAUGAAAUUAAAGUCCCUUGUGGAUUUUUAAAGGAGUUUCCUGUUAGUGAUUCUGAUCGAAUCGCCAUGGAAAGCUGCAAUGGAGUUGUUGUAGUAUCUGCAAUCUUCAACAAUCAUGACAAAAUCCGGCAACCAGUAGGCCUCGGAUCCCAAACCCUAGUCGACACAUGUUUCUUCAUGUUCAUGGAUGAUAUAACCCUUCAAGGACUCUACGAACAUAAAUUAAUCCCACAAAACUCGCCCGAUUAUAAAGUCGGUGUUUGGAGAAUCGUUAAAGUUUUCUCCGAGAAACUCUACGAAAAUCCGGCAAUGAACGGCGUGAUACCAAAGUACUUAGUUCAUAGACUUUUCCCAAACUCGAAAUUCAGCAUUUGGAUCGACGCGAAGCUUCAACUAAUGGUCGAUCCGUUGCUGCUGAUACAUUCUCUCGUUGUAUCGAAGGACGCGGAUAUGGCGAUAUCGAAGCAUCCAUACUAUGUUCAUACAAUGGAAGAAGCGAUGGCCACGGCACGGUGGAAGAAAUGGUCGGAUAUCGAUGGCUUGACACAGCAAAUGGAGACUUACUGUAAAAAUGGAUUGCUGCCAUGGACUACAGAUAAGCUACCUUACACCACAGAUGUGCCAGAUAGUGCAUUAAUAUUGAGAAAACAUGGAUUGGGAAGCAACCUUUUCUCUUGCCUUUUGUUCAAUGAGUUGGAAGGUUUUAACCCUAGGGACCAACUGGGUUUUGCAUUUGUAAGGGACAAGAUGAACCCAAAGCUGAAGUUGAACAUGUUUGAAGUGGAAGUGUUCGAGAAGAUUGCUGUGGAAUAUAGGCACAACCUUAAAAAGACUGGGAACGUUAAAGCUGUUUCGAUUGGUGGGGGCGAAUCUAAGAAGACCAAAAGGGAAAGAAGCCAUGGGCAUUUGGUUUUGACUGACAGUAGUUGUCAGAAUUAUCUUUUGAAAAUGUGGGGUGAAUCCCAUAGUUGAUUUUGUCUUCUUUUUAAGUAUCAACACCAUGUAGUACAGAAAAUGUCAAUCAACAGUUAUUACAGAAAUAGAUAUAUAUAUAUAUAAUUAUUGCAUUAAAA